CCUGGCCUCAAAAGGAAUCCGAGCAUCAGAGGGGCGUGUUGGUCGUGUCCUCAGAGAAACGAACCAGCCAUAUCAUGCAGAUCGGUAUCGUAGAUUAAGGAAUUGAAAUCCAGUGCCAUACAGUGCAGAGUACAUGGGUCACAAAUUGCACAUUGACCAAAACGAUAAACUGGUGAUGUAUGGGGUGACCCACGUCCUUGCCGUGGACGGAUUCUCCAGCAACAUUGUAAGCCACUCCACCAUGCCAGUGAAAAACAACCUGACCAUAUAUCAAGAAGUUUACCAGAGUGCUGUCCUACGAUAUGGAAUGUGGGUCCAAAUCCGAGUAGACCAUGGCAAAGAAUUCUACUUGACUCUUUUCAUGCAGGAGAAAUUGGCAGACUACCGGAAUAACACAGGUAGACAGCCAUACGUGCAAACAAAGUCAACACAGAAUCAUAUUAUAGAAAGGAUGUGGCGAGAGGUAAAUAACAGGGUAAACUACCCUCUGAAAGGUGCACUCAACCACCUUGUUGACCAGGAGGAACUAAACCUUGAAGACAACAUCACACGAUAUUGUGUGUCCACUCUUACCUGUCAGGUAGCCAAAAUUGGACUUGACCGGAUGGUGCAGUCCUGGAAUGCACACAGAAUCCAAGGUAAGGGUAUCCCAGAUCAACUUGCUCAUGGUGGAUGCCCAAAGAGACUGCCUGCAGAUCUUUUGCCUGAAGCUACAGAUGCUGCAGACUGCUAUCAUCAGGAAGUGGGGUCCUCUCUGACACGAGUGUCGCUGUUUGGGAGAAACCCAUUUGCUACUGUGGAGCACCAGACAGCAGCUGAACAAGAAUUUGCAACGAACUAUGCGGACAUUGCUGAACUCUUUGAGCGUGCCAUUCAUAACGAGCCAGCACCAUUCCAAAACGGGAUAAAGGAUCUCAUAGACAUUGUAAGAAGAUAUGUGUAAAGGCAAGUGCAGGGAUCAGGAGCCAGUGUAUACCCAGGUUGCUGGACUGUCUGCAGCACUGGAUGCUUUAAGGGCCCUACCCUAAAGUGGACAGCAGUUCAGUCGUUUAUUGUUAAGUUUAUUGUUAAGUUUAUUGUUAAGUUUAUUGUUUAUUGUUAAGUGGUGUGUGUUCAAAUUCCAGGUUCCAUGUUAUCAUCAUACAGAAAAUAAUUGUUGUAGUUUUCUUUAGCUGUAUGACUUGUUAAUUGUUCAUCUGCAAUGUUUAAUAAAUGGAAAAUUGUUUGAA